GUGCAUAGUCAGAAAGUCAGAAUUAGUUUAAAUCAGCUUGUGAUCUUAAGUUAUUUGGCUUGUGAAUUGGGUUUUUCUUCAGGACUCAAAGAUGAAUUUAGAUUUAGUGAAGGAUUUGGAUACCCACCCACGA